GUCAAGUCCAUGUUGGAAUACACUUACCGUGUUAAAAUUAUAAUUUUCCACCUUACCAUCUUUGGUAAUUGCAAGUGUUUUCAAAUAGCAAUAUAGAAUGUUACAUUAACUUACCAUUGUAAUAUCGUUAUAUUCAAUCCCAAGGAAAAACGGAACAAACGUCAAGAAGUUUUUAUAGUCCAAAUGGCCUCAGGAACACUUGUACCCUGUGGUCCGUGUAGGUAUGAUGACGUCACAAAGGACGCGAAAAGAUGGUGUACGAACUGUGAAGAAGGAUUAUGUGAAGAUUGCGAAAACGCUCACAGGAAAAGCAAAAUAUCAAGAAACCAUCAAGCGAUUUCAAUAGAAGAUUAUCGUAAGAUUGAAAAUGUUUCGAUCUCACAGGUCUGUGAGCACCACGGAGAAAACCUGGAGUGGUUCUGUAAAACGCACGACGAAGUCCUCUGUAUGGUAUGUGUCCCAUCAAAACACAAGGCAUGUUCUGGCGUUAUAUCAAUAAGUGUUGCUUCAACAAAUGCAAGACAAUCAACUGCAUUAUCUGACCUAGAAGAGGCGAUUGAGGGAACUCUGCGCAAUGUGAAACAAUGCAUAAUGAAUCGCGAAUCAGCCUCAAAGGACAUUGACAAACAAGAAUUGGCGAUCAAAACUACGAUAAUUGAAACGAGAUCAAAAUUAAACGGCCACCUAGACAAGAUGCAGGAAAAGUUGCUACGCGACCUUAGAUCAACAUCUCAUACUUGUAAAUCAAAAUAUUCGAAAUUGUUUCGGAAGCUAGAAUCCAAAAAAGAAAUGCUUACCAAACUAAAGGAGCAAACACAACACAUGAAACAAUUUUCUUCAGACAAACACGUGUUUCUGGGAACGCGUCAAGUUAAUCAGCGAAUUGUAAGAGAGGUAAGAUCUAUCAAAAGAGUAUUUGGUGCUACCAAGGAUUAUGAAUUAAAAGUAGCUAUUCAUAGCCUAAUCGACAAAUUAGCAAACGAAGUUGAGGAUUUUGGGCAAAUAAAUGUCUCGGAAUGCGCCCGCAAGUUAGCCUUCAGAGAUCCAAAAAGCGACCAAGCUCAAAUCUUGAUCAAUGUUCCAACAUCAAGAAACAUAUCCGACGUGAAACUUCAGCUAAUCAAAACUUUUCAAAUUCAGAGGAACGCUGAAAUAGUUAUUUCAGGUUGUGCCACGUUGCCUAAUGGUCAUUUAUUGAUCGCAAAUACCACAAAUGAAAAUCAGUUAAUAGAGUACAGCGAUACAGGUGAACAUAUCCGUGACAUUCCAGUCUCUGGGAGGCCGUUUGAUAUCACAGUGAUAGAUCCGCAGCGUAUUGUUGUGACAUACCCGGACAUGAGAAUCUUAGAAAUAUUGAAUAGCAAUAAUUUCAAUAUUGAAAAUAAAAUUAGUUUACAUAAUAUUUGUUUUGGAAUAUCAAUAGAGGAUGGGAGACUUUACGUAAUAAAUGGAGACUCUACAAUACAAGUCCUGGAUCUGUCAGGAAGGCAACUGGAAACUUUAAAAGUAGAAUCUAAUAAUUCACUUUACAUAACAACUAGCAGCGACAGGCUAUUUUUCACAGAUUCUGCAAAUAGCAGUGUACAUUGUUGUAGUUUGAAAGGAGAAGCGUUAUGGCAUUUCAAAAGUGAGUCCAUUGCAUAUCCUUACGGUGUAGCAGUAGAUAAUUACAAUAAUGUUUACGUUGUAGGUUAUUUCUCUCGUAAUCUAACAAUAAUACAACAGGAUGGGAAAGACAGUAAGUCAUCACUGACUAAAUCCGAUGGACUUGAUCGGCCGAGAGCUGUGUACUAUGACAAAGAGAAAAGAACAUUACUUAUAUGUGAUUACAACGGAAAGGUUGCGUUGUACAAAGUAGUUUAAAACUUUUCAAUCACUUUGAUUCCGACGUGCUAGAAAAUUCAGAUUUGCAUACCACAAUAAUUUCUAAUACAAUAGAUUAGUUAUACAUUUUGUUUAUAUUUGAAGGAUUUUUACAAUUGUUCCUAUUCUUCCUAAGGCAUCAGCCUCACCAAAGAAGAUGUAACUGUGUUUUCCAUCAAUCUUUACAAACUGAAAUAAAGUUCCUAUUAGUCA